AUGAGAUUUACCGCACUUACUCUUUUGGCCCUGGGUGCCUCAACCUCAGCCUACGUUGUGCCAAACAACAAGCAAGCCGUCGAUAAUGCUGUUAAAGCUCGCAUGCCAGGAAGCGGACCUGUCCACGCAUCUAACCUUGUUGCUGCACUCGCAGAUCGUAGUGUAGAAGCUCGCCACCAUAAGGGCAAGGGUGGUGCGGGCGCUGCUGGAGGCGCCGGAGGUGCUGGUGGUCUAGCCAAGCUCUUCGGCCGUGAUGCUCAAGAGUUGACCCAGGAGGAAGACGAUGCCCACUGGGCUGAUCUCCACACUCGCUCUCCUCACCACAAGGGCAAGGGCGGAAACGCUGCUGCCGGAGGAGCUGGAGGAGCUGGAGGUUUGGCCAAACUGUUCGGCCGCGACCCUGAAGCGCACCACAAGGGCAAGGGUGGUGCGGGCGCUGCUGGAGGUGCCGGAGGUGCCGGUGGUCUAGCCAAGCUCUUCGGCCGUGAUGCUCAAGAGUUGACCCAGGAGGAAGACGAUGCCCACUGGGCUGAUCUCCACACUCGCUCUCCCCAUCACAAGGGCAAAGGCGCAAAGGCUGCUGGUGCUGGCGGUGCUGCUAAGCUCUUCGGUCGCGACCCUGAAGCACAUCACAAGGGCAAGGGCGGAAACGCUGCCGCCGGCGGAGCUGGAGGAGCUGGAGGUUUGGCCAAGCUGUUCGGCCGCGACCCUGAAGCGCACCACAAGGGCAAGGGCGGAAACGCUGCCGCCGGCGGAGCUGGAGGAGCUGGAGGUUUGGCCAAGCUCUUCGGUCGCGACCCUGAAGCACAUCACAAGGGCAAAGGAAACGCUGCCGCUGGUGGUGCUGGUGCCGGUGGCCUGGCCAAGUUGUUUGGUCGCGACGCUCAAGAGUUGACUCAAGAGGAAGACGACGCCCACUGGGCCGACCUCCACACUGGCGACAACUAA